AUGUCCCCAGAUGACGAACAAUGCGAAGAACAUUUCAAACAAACGCAUUCGAGAACAUCGGAUGGGAGAUAUAUCGUGCGUCUGCCGUUUCGAAACGGCCCACCCAUCGAAAUCGGUGAAUCUCGCGAAAUAGCCGCGCGUCGGCUUUCGUCGUUACUUCGGAGAAUUAAUAAUCAACCUGCGAUUAAGCAGGAGUAUGCUGAAUUCAUGAGCGAAUACGCACAGUUGAAUCAUAUGAAAGUAAUCGCACCGGUGGAUUCAGUAAAUUCACAAGUCGUGUACAUCCCUCAUCAUCCGGUCAUUCGAGAGACUAGUUCGACAACUCGGUUGAGAGUCGUAUUUGACGCCUCAUGCACAACCUCUAACGGUACCUCGCUCAAUUCUCACAUGUUUACUGGGCCUAAACUACAGUUAGAUCUGCAAUCGGUUUUAUUACGUUGGCGACAGCACAAAUACGUUUACUCCGCAGACAUAGCGAAAAUGUAUAGACAAAUAUUGGUCGACUCGCGAGAUAGAGAUUAUCAACGCAUCCUAUGGAUAGAUGAAAAUUCGAAUAUUCAAGAACAUCAACUCCUUACGGUAACAUACGGUACGGCUUCCGCACCGUUUUUAGCUCUUCGAGUCAUUAAUCAGUUAAACGAUGAUGAAGGAAGCUCGUUUCCACUAGCAUCUGCGGUUUUAAGCGAGAACGUCUAUGUGGACGACGUGCUGUUUGGGGCCGAAGAUAUGCCUCUCCUUAAACAGACUCGAGAUCAAGUUUGCAAAUUGUUGAAACGCGGUGGAUUCGAUCUUCGCAAAUGGGCGAGUAACAAACCGGAGUUGCUCUCAGAUAUUUCAUCGGAUCAUCACGGGCUCGCACAGCUUAAAUUAUUCGAGACUGACAACAAUCUGAAGGUUCUCGGUAUUUUUUGGAAUCCGACGCACGAUUGUUUCCAGUUUCAAAUUGAAUUACCACAGACUCUCCCUUCUACAAAACGAACGAUUCUCUCUACCAUAGCCAGAAUAUUCGAUCCACUUGGAUGGGUCACACCCGUGGUUCUCAAAGCGAAAGUUUUUAUGCAGAAAUUAUGGCGACACAAAGUAGGCUGGGACGACAAUCUCUCAGAAGAUCUCCUUUUACAAUGGAGCGUGAUUUAUAAAUCACUUCCUUACAUCAAAAGCAUAAAACUUAGUCGCUGGAUUGGAUGCGAUUCAGAUACCAAGAGCAUCGAGUUACACGGUUUCGCGGAUGCUUCCCAAGUAGCUUACGCCGCAGUAGUUUUUUUGAGAGUCACAACAUUAUCCGGUCAUACAACUGUUUCGCUCCUCGCUGGGCGAUCCAAAGUCGCGCCUAUCAAACCGCUGACAAUCCCUCGAUUAGAAUUGUCAGCUGCGGUCUUAUUAGCGCGCCUAAUUGAAUUCAUCAGAAAAUCUCUUCAUUUCACGAAAAUGCCAGUCCAUUGUUGGACAGAUUCGAGUAUUGUGCUUGCUUGGUUAAACAAGCACCCAUCUCAUUGGAAAACUUUCGUCUCGCAUCGCGUAACAGAGAUUCAAACACGAGUAUCUGAUGGCAUUUGGCAUCAUGUCAGUACACAUGAAAAUCCCGCUGACUGUGCAUCUCGCGGUUUACUCGGCACAGAAUUAAGCGCCUUCGACAUUUGGUGGCGCGGACCUUCAUGGUUGAGUCUUAAACAGGAUGAUUGGCCCACAUUCACAAUAACGCCGAUAGACGAAACACAGUUAGAAGAAAAACCGUGUCAAGUGCAUCAAGUGAACGCUAAUGAACCGUGGAAUCUCACUACUCGAUAUUCAUGGUGGCCAAAAUUAAUACGUAUUACCGCCUACAUUUACCGUUUCAUAAGGAAGUGUAGAAAGAAACACACAAUAGGAUCGAACAACAAGUCUCAAUAUCACGCUCUUACUACAGUUGAAUUCAACGAAGCACGAAACUUCUGGCUGAACUUCAUUCAGUUAGAACUAUUCGAAAACGAGCUCCAUAAUUUAAAGUCAAACAAACCGUUGCCUACUCACAGUCCAAUUCUCUCAUUAAAUCCGUUCCUGGAUUCUGACGGUCUAAUUCGCGUUGGGGGGCGAUUAGAACACUCGUCAUUAUCUUUCCAGUCCAAGCAUCCAAUCUUAUUAGCCAACCAUACGAUCACUACCAUGAUCAUCCGUUAUACGCAUGUUGUAUCUCUCCAUGCCGGUCUUCAAUCCACUCUUUCAAAACUUAGACAAGAGUUUUGGAUUUUGAGAGCAAGAAGUCUAGUAAAGUCGGUUAUUUAUAAAUGUGUUCCGUGUACAAGAGAAAAGGCUCAAGUAGCUAGUCAGCUGAUGGGCCAGCUACCUACAAGUCGUGUUUCGGCGCCCUCUCGAGCGUUUCUACAUAGCGGUGUCGACUACGCCGGACCAGUCUUCACACGUGCUUCAGCCGGCCGAGGAAUUACCUCGCGAAAGGCCUACAUAGCACUCUUUAUUUGUUUAGCCACACGCGCUAUUCAUCUCGAACUGGUUAGUGAUUACUCGACUGCUGCCUUUCUUAACGCUUUUCAAAGAUUUUGUGCGCGACGUGGAUUACCAGAGGUCAUGUACUCGGACAAUGGUACUACGUUCGCAGGAGCAGACAAGGAGUUGUCGCAAGCGUAUCGAGACGCUCAAAGCGAUGUUAACUUUCUCAACUUCAUCGUGUCAGAUAACAUCACAUGGAGUUUUAUCCCUCCCCAUGCUCCACACUUCGGUGGAUUGUGGGAGGCAGGGGUCAAAAGCGUUAAAUACCACCUUCGUAGGAUAUUAGGAAAUCACACCCUCACUUUCGAGGAACUUACUACCGUGCUUUGUAAAGUUGAAGCAUGCUUAAAUUCAAGGCCCCUGUGUCCAUUGACUGAUUCGAUUGACGAUUUUGAAGUGCUCACUCCGGGUCACUUUUUGAUUGGAUCGGCAAUCACAAUCAAUCCAGAACCUUCUGUUCUGCAAAUCAAUGAAAACAGACUGUCACGGUGGCAGUUGUUGCGACAGAUCACGGAGCGUUUUUGGAAGCAUUGGCACGCCGACUAUAUUAACACGCUUCAACAGCGAACUAAGUGGCGAAAGGCAAAGUCACUUAUCCAUAUCGGUUCCAUGGUUCUGAUUCAAAAUCCUCUUCUUCCUCCUUGCAAAUGGGAACUCGGACGCGUAAUCCACUGUCAACCAGGCUCUGACGGAUUAAUUCGAGUAGUUUCCGUCAAAACAGCGAACUCGGAAUAUAAGCGUCCCAUAACUAAGUUAUGUGUGCUUCCAAUCGACGUUGAUUCUGACGAUUCCAUCGAGGAUCAACCUCGAGUGUCAAGCAAUUAG